GGGUCAGAGGGUUUACAGACGACACAAAUAGUAAACACGCAAUUACUAAAUGCUUGAAGUAGACACUGUUUAGUGUUUAUAUCGUAAUCACAUGACCGGCUUCACCUGUCGAUUUUAUCACAGACUGGUGUUAAAGAAUCAGUGAUUGUUCAGUGGUUUUGCUUUAAAUAAUAUAAUUCCUCACGUUUUAAUUUUGAUAAAGUGCUCGGUAUAUAAAUCUGUCGGAAUCAGAUUAUAAACAUACCUAGUUAUAAAGAUGGAUCGUCAAGAAGAACAACCUUUCAUUGAAAAAGACUUAAAAACCAAUGCUUCUGUUGCUCCAAUAAAGGCCAGUCAUGAUUCAGAAGAAAUGGAGAAUGUUAAGUUUGAAACAGCUAUGGAAAUUGCUGGAUUCGGCAAGUUUAGUGUCUUUGCCAUAUUCCUGUCGGCAUUGACCAUCGGGAGUGCUUUCACUAGUUCUAUAGAUGCCUCCUUCCUGCUUCCAGCAGCUCAGUGUGACCUCAAUCUAUCCUCUGAUGACAAGGGUCUACUGGGAUCUGCUUUCUUUCUAGGAGCGAUCUCCGUUUCACAUCUGACUGGAUUUCUCGCAGACACUUUGGGCAGAAAAUAUGUUUUAGUAAGAGGGCUUUGGGGGAAUUUCAUUGUCUACAUUCUUGGAUCGGUGGCUCCAAACUUUUGGACUCUGUUCAUCCUAAAACUCCUCUCGGGAAUGUUGUCGGCUCCAUGCUAUAUUGCCACAUUUCCAUUCUUAGGAGAAUAUGUUCCAACACAGGACCGGUUUCGAUCUGUGAUGAUUGCCACAGCUUGUAGCAUCCUGGGACUGGCCUACUCUAACCCUGGUAGCCUGGGCCACGCUGCUUGGACAGUGGGAGGCAGAUCUAUGGCUGGUGAAGUUUACCCCUUGGCGACUGUUCUUCCUCAUAUGUGGUGUGCCGGCCUUAAUCUCCGCCAUUCUAUUCUGCAUAACUCCUGAGAGUCCUAAGUUCCUCUUGACUAGAGGGAAGAAGGAGGAGACUCUACAGAUUCUACAGAAAGUUUAUUCAAUUAAUUCUGGGAAAGAAUGCAACACCUAUCCCGUAAAGUCCAUUUCUCUAGAUGCCAAUGAUGUGGUUUCUCCUGAUCAGAAGAAAGGAGUGCUUGGUAUCCUGAAACAUAUUGUAGACCAGACAACGCCACUCUUCAAACCUCCUUUUGUCAAGAAUCUUAUCCUGUGC